AUGCAGAACAUAUCUCUCUCGCUGGCAGAUAAUUGCGAGGCACUUAAGUCAUGUGCACCCGAGAAAAAUCUCUGCAAACGAAAUGCUGCAGCGCCUGCUUGGUAUCAGAUAGCUGGAAUAGCAUUUUUCUACAUGGCGAUUUUGCUGACCGGAAUUUACGCGACAAGAAGAGGCAAGAAGCUAAGACGGAUGUCGAUGGACCUUGCACAGGACAGUAUGAUCGCUGGAAGAAACAUAGGAUUAUUUAUUGGGGUUUUCACGAUGACUGCAACUUGGGUUGGCGGAGGUUACAUUAACGCCACAGCACAAAUGGUCUAUUCAAAUGGAGGAGGGCUCCUAUGGACACAAGCUCCUUUUGGAUAUGCAAUUAGUUUAGCUUUGGGCGGUAUCCUCUUUGCAGAAAAAAUGCGGACAAAAGUCAUUGGAGGCCUUUAUUCGGUCGCAUACACGGACGUUAUCCAACUGUUCUGUAUUUUGAUCGGUCUUUGCGUUGCUAUUCCGUACGCAGCUUCGCACGAUGCAGUCAAGAUGAACCCUUUCUCAACAGAAAGAAACCCGGUUGACUACGCCCUUAGCUGCUUUACCUACGAAAAAAAUAUUUCCUGGCUAGGAAAUUGGAGCACUCUUAAAGACUAUAAAACUCUUGGUCAGUGGACUGACAGCUAUCUUCUUCUCAUGUUCGGCGGAAUACCCUGGCAAGUUUACUUCCAGCGAGUCCUUUCUUCUGACACAGCUCAUCACGCGAAACUUUUGAGCUUCUUUGCUGCUGCUGGUUGUAUUAUCAUGUCCAUUCCACCAAUUAUGAUUGGUGCUAUUGCCAGAAGUACUGACUGGACUGAAACAAAUUUCUUCGAGCAAAAGCAAUACAACCCGGAAGAGUGUGGAGAAACUGAUAAAAUUUUGCCGAUUGUUCUUGCUACACUUACGCCCCCAGUUGUUUCUACAAUAGGUCUUGGUGCUAUAUCAGCAGCUGUGAUGAGUUCUGCUGAUUCGAGUAUUCUAUCUGCUGCUUCAAUGUUCACCCACAAUAUCUGGAGCGAAUCAAUCAGUCCGGGCUCAUCAGAGAAAGCCGUCAUGAGAGUCAUGAGAAUAUCAAUCGUCACCGUUGGAGUACUCGCAACUGUACUUGCGAUCAAAGGAACUUCCGUUUACUCCUUGUGGUAUUUGAGCGGAGAUAUCGUCUAUGUCACCCUCUUUCCCCAGCUUCUUCUCGUCGUUCAUUUCGAAGAUAAAAUAAACGCUCGGGGAAGCCAAAUCGGCCUACUCAUUGGUGUCAUUCUUCGAGCGAUCGGAGGUGACACAGGGCUUAAUAUUCCAGCUCUAGUAGAAUUCCCUGGAUACGAUUGCAAAUCCAACACACAAUAUUUCCCCUUCCGAUCACUGGCGAUGCUUGGAACGCUUGUCGGGUGCUUAGUCGGCUCUGCAGUUUUUACCGAUCCGCACCCUAUAUCGGAAGAAGAAGAAGACACCCCUUCUAUAAAAAGGGCAAGACCCCAAUUAUCGCCAGCCCAGCUGACGGUGAAACGAUAG